AAGGCAUCAUGAGACCGGGCAUACAUCACCACAGGCGGUGACUUCAACAGCUCCGCAAAAACUUAAACAUCUUCAGGCAAUGUGUAGGACCGUAGCCGGGAGAGUCCAGAGCAUUCGCUGUGUAUACAGCUACGCGAAGGAAGGCAACUGGUAGCGUUUUUAGAUAAACAGACUUGUUUUCAGCGGAUUUAUGCCGCAUUCGUGACUCUACGCUCAGCAUGACAAGUAAAACAGAGGCAGUUUGGGGCUUUUAACAACCUUAGAGAUAGCUGAGUUAACAUAAACAGCUAAGUUAGCUUAUAGCAAAAACAAAGUAACGCUAGCUGAAUGCUAGUUAGUUGUAAGUUGGGGUUUUGGUUGUCCAUUAUUCACUGGUGCUACAGUAACAGUGUGGUAAUCAUUGGGUUUGAAUUAACACCAUCGAAAAGCUGAAAGCUCCGAACUCCAGUUGAUUUCCAGUUGGUUAACGUGAUUUAACUGUUACGUUGAUACACAAUCGACGUUCGCUGACUUCAAAUCAGAGGGAUUUCUACUUGAAUAUCAAGGUGCUGAAUGGCCUCCGUUGUAGGAGUGAAAACUGAGAAGCGACCUGCAGCUGAUUCUCAGGAUGCAGACUCAAAUGCAAAAAAGCCCAGGAAACUGCUGCCCAGCCUGAAGACUAAGCGAGCCCCUGAGCUAGUCCUGGUGAUCGGCACGGGGGUAAGCUCCGCAGUGGCCCCUCAGGUCCCUGCUCUCCGCUCCUGGAAAGGUCUCAUCCAGGCCUUACUUGAUGCAGCCAAUGACUUUGACCUACUAGAGGAGGAGGAGAGUCGACGUUUCCAGAAGCACAUGCAGGAAGAUAAGAAUUUGGUGCAUGUGGCCCAUGACCUCAUUCAAAAACUUUCCCCGAGAACAGGCAAUGUGCGGUCCACAUUCUUCAAGGACUGUCUAUACGAGGUGUUUGACGAUUUGGAGUGCAAGAUGGAGCAUGCAGGGAAACAUCUACUGCGCUCGGUGCUGCAGUUAAUGGAGAGUGGCGCACUGGUCCUCACUACUAACUUUGACAACUUAUUGGAGAUCUAUGCAGCUCAUCAGGGCACCAAGCUGGAGUCUUUGGAUCUGACAGAUGAGAAGAAGGUAUUGGAGUGGGCUCAGGAGAAACGGAGGUUAAGUGUUUUACAUAUCCACGGUGUUUACACCAACCCCAGUGGUAUCGUACUGCACCCUGCUGGCUACCAGAAUGUACUGAGGAACACUGAGGUUAUGCGUGAGAUCCAGAAGCUGUAUGAGACCAAAUCAUUCGUGUUCCUUGGCUGCGGGCGCACAGUAGACGACACAACCUUCCAGGCUCUGUUCUUGGAGGCGGUCAAGCACAAGUCAGACCUGGAACACUUCAUGCUUGUGCGGCGCGAGGACGUGGGUGAGUUCAAGAAGCUGCGUGACAACAUGCUGGACAAAGGCAUCAAGGUCAUCUCCUAUGGAGACGAGUAUGGCGACCUGCCCGAGUACUUCGAGAGGCUGGCCAAUGAGAUCUGCAAUCGUGAUGUAUCAACCAACGGCUGGGGGCCUCCCUCAGAAAAUGGGGAGGAAGUGCAGAAUGGCUUUAACACACAGAAAAGCCUCCUUCAAGACUAUCAUUCUUGACAGGCACACAGUCGGGAUCAGUAUCAGACAUUUUCCUCCACAGCUCCAACAAGAGAUCAGUCUACUUCGAGUAGUACUCGAGUCUGAUUUCAUUCUAUGGAUUUAGGUAUCCAGGAACAUUAUGGGCCAUGGGAGACCUAAAUGCUGUUGUCAGUAUUUUCCAGAUGUUUAUUUUUCCUUUAAUAGUUCUUGUUUAAAAGGGAAAGGAAAAAUCUAACAUAACCGUUAUAACCAAUACCCAACCUCACAGCCCCCACUGUACUGUAUUUAAAUGUUGCCUAAACCUAGACUUUUGGGGAUCUACAGUAGAAAAUAAGUAUGCGGAUUGUGGAGCAGUGACACUAUGGUAUGUUCUCACUUCAACUUGACAAAAAUGAUAGAUCUGAAUCCACUGACAGAAGUUGGCUGCGCUGCAACGAGUCAUUGGAUUUGGACAUACACCUUGACCUACCCGCCCUGUAGGAGAAGCUCUAUAGGUGCAAGCUAUAACACACAUCCUGUGUAGAGUAUGUAAGGUUUGUAUCUGUCAUGCUUAACCCUGAAACCAGGGAAACUUGAUUUGCACACUACUGGGUAGGGGAUGGGUGGAAAUAAUUAUCUCAGUCAUGGAUGGUUUACUUGGUUUGCAAACACAUUAAUGUUAUGACGUUGUCCUCAAAUGAAGUUCAGAAGUGUAUGUUUCCAUAGCAGAGAGGCUCCCUGCCAGUAGCAAUCACUUUGCCACUCCUGUGCUGAAAAUUAAAGAAUGUUCUUUGUAAGCCUUUUUGUAUUUUUAAUACUUGCAUGUGUUUUCUGACAUAGUAUUUAUAAGUACUAUUUUCAAAAUAAAGCUUUUUGGUAUCCCA